UCAGGUUUCUGUAAUGGUGGGGAGGAGUGUGUGCAUGUUUCCUUUUGAUAUAUCUCAAUCAGCUGAACGAAGACCAAACAAACGCUGUGUAAAAUAGAGAGGAGGGGGGAAGGAGGAAGGCAGCAGGGAGGCAGAACAAGUGACAUCGCUGACUUCAAACGUCUUUCAUUCUGAGAUGUGGGCAUCGAUAACAUCCUGUCUACAGGCGACCUCACAGCGAUGCUGUUGUUUCCAGUCAGCCAAUCACAUUCUGCCUCUGCCUUGAGAGGAGGGUGAUAACCCUCCUGACUGGGCCUGACUGCAGUGUCUCUCUCUGGGAACAGUGAUGUACGAGCUGGCCCACCUCCUGACAGCAGCAAGGUAAAGACCAGCACUCUCUGAAAGCCACAACAUCACCAUCAUGGACCCUAUCAUCAGUGUUCUGGAGCUGGUGGGGGUUCUGAUCUCAGCGGGGGCCUGGCUCUGCUCUCUGGCCACCACCCUGAUGUCCUCAUGGCUCACACUGUCCAACUUGCUGGUCACAGAGACUCUUGGGGUGGGCCUCUGGGAGACCUGCGUGCUCAAUCAGCAGGGAACACUGGAGUGUAGGCCCUAUGACAGUCUGCUGGGGCUGCGACCAGAGAUCAAGCUAGCCCGGAUCCUCAUGUGCACAGCGCUAGGGGUAGGAAUGCUGGGGCUUUUGCUUGCCAUACCCAGCCUCCACCUUGUCAACGGCUGCCGGCAACAGUUGGAGGACGUGAGCUGUAAGAGGGCCCUGAAGGCAACCAGUGGGGCAUUGUGGCUGGUGGCGGGGAUCCUGGGCCUCAUCCCAGUUUCCUACAUCGCCCAUGUGACGGUCGAACAGUUCUUCGAUGAGUCAGUGCCUGACAUGGUCCCACGAUGGGAAUUUGGGGAUGCUCUGUUCUGUGGUUGGACGGCCGGCGUCCUUCAUCUAGCUGCAGGAAUGCUGCUGCUAAUUUCCUGUUUUUAUGUGCAGAAGUUAAACAGUAACAGACCCGUUGAUGUCCCCCCGGUCCUGACAAAGCUAGAACCUGACUCCAUGAGAACCAGAUCUGAGUAUGUCUGAGACCACCUCAUAAAAAGGCUGCUACAAGUCUUCUUCAACCUUUUCUGCAUCUAAAACUAAAUGUUGGACUACCACACUUCAAUUUGUGUCUCUUGAGAUCAGAUUGGAGUAUUUCAGCGAAUUUCCAGAAGGGAUGUUACAUUCCUGAUUUUGAGGUUGUAUCCAAAGAAGAGGUUAAAAAUUUUCUUAAAACUAAACUUUACCCAAACAACUGUCACAACUAGAUCUGAAUAGAACAACAGGGAGGUCUGAGGUUGCUCCUCUAAUUUGACAAAGUGAGACCAGAUCAGGAGGUUCAGUCCAAACCUGCAGUAAAACAGAUGAUUUCUCUAUAGAAUUUCGAUGGUUUCAGAGGUUUGAAAGAUAUAAGUUUAAAAUGUUCUUGAUCACAAACAGAUGUAAAUUUCCUUCUUAAUCUGUUAGGGGGGAUGGAAUUUCUCUCAAAUAAAGCUUCAGACUAAAUCAGAGUUUGUUUUUAUUUUAAUUUAACAUCUAAAAAUAACAUCUAGGACAAAGAUGUUCUUGCUUUUUAACUGCUUUGGUAGUUUAAACUAAAGAAUCAGAGAGAAAAUAAAUCAGAUCAUUUUGUCCUGUUGUUAAUUUGACUGCAUGUAAUCACCUUAAAAUGAUGAGAGAUGCCAGUUUAUAGUUCUGAUUUCGGAUGUUUAUGAACAGCAGAAAAAAAAACAGUGAACAAUAUUUGAGCAACACACCCAGACCUUCACGAUCUGUCGAGCGUUUUAUUCCCUGCGGUGACUUAUCUUUGUUUCAAUCAUUGAGAUGUUUGCUUUAGUUUUCCUGGAGCCAAAGAGAUGAAAGCUGCUGCGGUUUCCUGCUUUAUUCAUUUCAUUUAAACACUUUAUGUAGUUUUUAUUGUUAGUCUUAAGGCUGGAUUUCAUCUCUUUUAUUGUUUUUAUUUGGAGACAAGGGAAGACAAACUGUUGUUUUUGUGGUUAAAGCAGACUGAAGCAGAGAAUAGAUUUAUUGAUAAUAGAAUAUAAAGAUAUAUAUCUUUUAUCUUUAAACAUGAAGGUCUGUGUGAGUUAUGAAACUGCUCAACUUGUUUGUAAUCAGUUUUGUUCAAUCAGAUGAAUGAUUUGUAAAAAGGAUUGAAUGUAUGAAUGUGCGCAGCAGAUGACUGCAAAUAAUAAAUAAAUACUCAAAGUUUCAUUUAAUGUGUGUAAAAGAAGUUU